AUGGCGGAACAAGGGGAGAACGGGGGAGGCAGGGAGGAGGAGAAGGAGGAGGGGGAGGAGAAGCAUGGAGGGUCGAGAGAUCAGGACAAGACAGAAGAGCAGGCGGGAGGAGGAGAAGAGAAGAAGGAGGAGGAGCCGGACGACGCACUCCUAGAGCAGCUGCUGGCCGAGGAAGCAGCGGCACAACAGGGCGACGGAGGGGAGGCGAAGGAGCAGGGGAGAGCAAACGCCGCCAUCGCAGGAGCUCUCAACCAGGGGAGACAGAUAGGAGCAGCCAUAGGCAACUUCUGGUCCAACAUGGCGGCGGAAAGGCGCGCCAUGGCAGAGAAACUUGAGGUGCCGACGGUGAGAACGAGGCUGCUCAAGGAGAUCGGAGACUUUGGUCAGGCGGCCAAGCAGUCGUCAGUUCAUUUCUACAAGAUGCUACAACACCCUAUCGCCUCCUUCGGAGUUGCCCUCCAGGUUGUGGUCAGGAGGGAGAUGGAAGUGAUAGCGUCAUGUGGAGGACUGAGGGAGGAGCGAUCCCCCAUCGUCCUCGAGAACAUCCUAGCAGAGCUGGCCUCCUCCCUCGACCUUCCGGGGGAAAGGCACGGCAGCGGUCUCCCAGGGCACCAGCACUCGCAUCCUCCUCUCGUCCUCCACCUUGCGGACGGGAUGGGCGCCAAGAAGAAGGCUUCGGAUCUGGACAUGCUCAUCGCCCCGAGCAAUGGCUACCAGGACAUCAGAGAACAGAUCGAAGUCAGCAAGCAGCUGCUGGACGAUGCUCCCGCUGCCAAGAUCCCCUCGGACAACAUCUUGGUUCACUUCGCCCUCCUGAAGGAGUACCUCUUCCUCCUCCCCCAGCCUCUCUUCCCCUACAACGUCAGCGCUGCCAUCUUGGAGGAGUAUCGCAAGUUCUGCGCACAAGGGAGCAAGGAGGAGGAGGAGGGAGAACGUGUUUUCCCCAUCCAGACUUUCUACGUCAUUGUUGAGACCAUGCCCAAAUCGCACUACGUGACCGCUAGGAGGCUCUUGCGGUACCUCAGCAAAAUCGCCUUCCUUCCCGUCAAGGAGCAGAGUGAAGCCGGAGAGGCAGCGGAGCAAGUGAAGGCGAGGGCACAGCAGAGGGUCAGGUGGUGGUUGGCGGUAUCGCUCGGCCCGUGCAUGCUCCGAUCGUCCGAUGACGUGCUGACGGUGACCAUGGAGGCUCCUGUCUGCUGCUCCAUCGUGAACGAGUUUCUUCUGCAUGCGGAGGACCUCUUUCCAUAG